ACGGAGGAAGCGAGCAACAAGUGCUGGCACUUAGGCACUCCGGGGAGCUCGCACCAGCAGCGGGCUCGGCUGCGGUGGCUCCUUGCCGCCCGCCCUCCCUCUCUGGCACACAUGUAACACGAAACUUCCUAUCUCCAGGACAACCAAUAACAAAAAAAAGGCAGAGACAACAGCUGGCUGUCAGCAGCAGAGCAGAGAGGAGCCGAGCGAGGAGCGAGACACAAGCCAGGAUGAGGGGAGAGAUGACGUGAAAGUUUAAGAAGACAGAAAGAAAAACAAGAGGAGAAGAGUUCGUGGCGCCGCUGGGAAAUCCCAAAGCAGUGAGAGCCCUUGGAACCAGUGUGCAGUCAGAAGUGCAGUCGAGCAGAAAAACAUUUGCUUCCUCACAGCCCAGAGCAGAAAACACAAAUCUCUUCACCUCUGCCUGCACCGCCAUCUCUUGGAAUGGAAACAAAACUAGAAACCUGCUGACACAGAAUCCCGCAGCACUGUGCAAAGGAUAAAGCAGCCAUUUCUGGAGCAGCUCAUUUGGGCAUAAAGCCUGGAGAGGUUGAGCCAGAAUGUCUUCUGAAGGCUUUCUAAAGGAAAUGCAAACCAUUGGUGAGAAGUUUCUCCUUAAGCUCCAGAAACUGCCCAAGGCUGACCCGGUGGAGAUUGUGUCCUUUUGUGUGGUUCUUCUGUUUAUUGUUACUGUUCUGCUGCUCAUGAUCAUUGCCUGCAGUUGCUGCUGCUAUAGCUGCUGUAGCUGCGAUGGACGUACUGACCACAGACGUAGGAAGAUCCAAGUCCGCCCAAUUGCCCAUUCAUGAAGUGCAACAAGAGGUGACACAACCUACUACCGAGGACAUGCAUGGACAUCAUGAUUCAGUCCUAUGGGAGUGACUUUCUACACUAGCUCACUGAAAAUGGCAAUAACAAUAUUAAUUAAUAUGACUCAGAGGACCAGAAAUCACAGCAUGGAAUUCCUUCUUUCUGUGACAACCACUACUGGGCUCUGUGGUGUGACCAGAAAGGUAAAGCUACCAUCACUGUCUCCCUCUUCUGGGGUGUGUGGGGGGGUGGUGUGCAUGGACACAUGCUGCUGAGAAAACAGACAUGCUUUCCCAAUGACAGCCCUGCAGCUGGGCCAGCCAAGGAUUCCCUUUGUGAGCAUGGAGCCACAGACCAAAGCAGAGAACACGUACACUGCCACAUGCUAGGCAGUGCCUACUCUCUUCACAAGUGGCUAAUCCACAAGGAUGAUGCUGGGCGCUAGCAAAACCCACUGACAUCACUGGGAGGUCCAUAUGCUCAAUACAUCUUGGAUCAAGCCCAAACCUGCUCUUUCUAAAGCCACCUGCAACAGACACGUUUAGCUGAGAUGUCUGCUGAAAACAACAAAUUGUGGACCUUCUGAUCCAGAUGUGCCGGCUGAGGCUCCGAGUACAGCUGGUAACAAAUGCUCCCUGCUUUAUUUCAUUGGUGUUGCAAUGAUGUGAAAUUGCCAAAGAGAAAAAUCAGAUCACGUGCGAUACCCUUUGUAAGCAGAAAGAUGAAAGCAAAAGGGAAAAACCCACCAAUGCUGUGGCUUAAUUUGAUCAUUCUGCUGCUAAACUUGCUCCCUCCCCACCCCCCACCAUGGUUCUGCUCUUCUGCUUAUUGCAGGUGAAUGGUUCUUACAGAGCAUUGGAGUUACAGGAGAUGAACAAAUCCCUAUCCUUACUUGAGGGACCUGUGUGCCUGACUCCCUGCACUGUGUGCAGUUUAUUUUAGUGGACAUAAACAUUAUGCCUAAGGUAUGUUUAUUAGCAUACACAAAGGCAUUUCAGAGGAGUGACAUACAGUAUGGUAAUUGUCACUUCUGGGUAUACAUGCAGCAGCUGACAGCGGGCACUGUGACAAAGCAGAGCGAAGAAUGGGUUGUAUGGCUGAAGUUAACAAGUGCAAAUAAAUCCCUUUUCCAUGCUGCAGCCACUGUGUAUGUUUGGUUUACACUUCGGUGAACUUCAGAAAGGGAUUUAUGUAAGUACAAGGCUAUGGCAGAGGCCACGACUUCCAUAACUGGGACAGCCAAACAGAAGACCAUCAUACUGCAACUAACUCUGUAAGCCACUGGUCCUUCAGCCCCAAAUGUGAAACCAACCACCUUUAUGAGAAGCAGGGUGGAAGCCAGCAUGUCAUCAGUGCAAGAGGCAUCCUCAGUUCUGGAAGACCUAAAGAGACUGAUUGUAACAAGUGACUGGUCUCUUGGAGGGCUAGUGGUGAUCGGCACCUUCUGUCUUGUUUUUGUUGCUCUCCUCUUAUUUGCUGCCAUCUUUGGGUGCUGUUCAUCUCCAAGGCACAGAGUGGUGCAUAAACAAUGAAGCUGAGACACAGUACUUCAAGCCCUGCAGCUAAGCAAGAAUCAGCCCAGCUACAACCUGAUUGUGGUGUUCAUAGAAAGCUUUCUCAUAUUCUCUCCCUGGGUGGUUAUUUCUCCCCAUGCAACUUCCCUGCAUCAAGAGCAAUGCACCAAUGCCAACAAGUUGUUCUGCAAGUCCACAGCAAACUCAAUACGUAAGGUUAUCUGUAUUCAGGAACUGCAUGACUAGCCAAAUACCAAAGUCAACUCAUCUCUGCCUGAUUUUCAUCUUUUCAAACCACUGGUUAAGGGUGGCAAAUGGUCAACCGCCACCUAAAACUGAUAAAGAUGUCUUCCGCUGUUGCAGUUACAUGGGUUUUUUUCCAUCUUGCAAAUGGGCAAGAGGAAACUCUGACCAGCAAAAUCUUUGUCUAAAUCCACUCUCUAAAAGCAGCUUAUACCAUUGUUCUCCUGUCAUACUCGAACAAUAGCCUAAAUAUACUAUGCAAAAAUGUGCUUUGCCAAUAUACAAGUCUGUCUUUAUUUGUUCUUAUUUAGAACCUUGCAAGGUCAGAGUUUCAGGCUUGCUUUCACUGUUUGGAUAGUGAAUAGAACUGUAUUAAUUCAAAAUGUAAAAAAGAAAUGCAACUUGGUGUUCCUUUAUGUAGCAUCUUAGUCUCCUGUACCGUUAUGAGCAGGGAAGCCAGUCAGUGGUGCUGCAAUAUGUGACUCUGGGAUGCAUAUGGCAUGUUAUACAGUAGGAAGAACGUACCAAGCUGGGGGAGGAAAGAAAAAGUACAGGAGACGUUAUUUCUAAUUAGGUCAGUGAUAUUCCCUUACAGAAAUCUCUCUUUUAUGUACCCAGUGAAAUCCUAUUUCCAUUACUAUUCAUCUGAGCAAAGGAGAAUGUUCUGUCUGUCCUUGCUUGGCUAUUGUGUCACUGCUGCAGUGCAACUCUAAAGAAGGUCCUCACUUCAGAUAGCAGUCAGGCUCUUUACAGCAUGCAUGAAGUGGGAGAUGCUGUAAGAUGGUUACAUGGAGCCUAACUUAUACCCUUACAGGGACACCACCCUGGAAUGUCCUGUGACUACUUCUGGCUUGUGCAAGGUUAGUUCGGUGAUCCCAGUCCAGUUUUCAUGGCACUAGUGUCCAUUCCAAGAAAUGACUGUCACGACUAACUCUACUGAUAACCAGCUUAGGAAUCAAGGAGUAAUAGAUACUAAGACAGGGUUUCCUGAGGUUAGCAUGUGACCAGAUAGAUACAGCUGCCUCUCAGAUUAUACAAAACCCAGACACAAACAGCCAUCUGGUCACUCUUGCUGUGAGCUGGUAACACACACCAGAAGGAGCUGAGCUGCUUAGCCAAGUAAGUGAAUCAAACUCUUAUAGCAAGAAGCUUCCUAGUAGCUACUUCCCAGAAUCACCUUGACUUUGGGCAAAGAAGUGCUCCUCCAAGUGCCCCAGGACUCAAUGUUGUGCCAUACUUCAAUACAAGCAAGACUUUCCCAGAGCAACCCUAUAAAAACAGGAUUUGUUUAUCAAACAUGACCACAAGGAGAGAACAUGCUCACCAAGGCAUCAGAGAAGAAGCAUAUAUUGCAUUCACACUGGAAAAAUUGCCCUAGACACAGGUGUGAAAAAUGAAACAAAAUCCACACUUGAAAGCAAGACAUAUGUUGACCAUUUGCAGUUAGUGAACACAUACUGCUCUCUUACUGGCAAAAUUAUAGCUUGAUGUCUUAUCCAGCAUAGAAUAGCAAUUAGUACAAUUACAGCUUACAAGUCAUGAACUAAACCUGAACAAUG